ACACCCUGGCCCACAUCAUCGACCCUUAGAUAAAGAUUGUUUUCAGGUUUAAAAGCUACAUUUCCAAUCAUUUCAACUGAGUCUUAUUGGACUUGUAAAAGAGUGCACAAUGAAGUUGUUUCUCGUCUUAGUGAGUGUCGGUUUGGCCGCAGCGGCAAGGGUUCCUAACACCCAAUCCCUGAUGUUCCCCUUGGGCUUGAAUCGUAUUGUGGGCGGGGAAGAAGCUACUUUGGGCGAGUUUCCAUGGCAGGUAUCCAUUCGGGAAUUUGCUGACACCCAACUUUUGCACAUUUGUGGAGGUUCCAUCAUGAAUGAGAAGUGGAUCAUCACGGCUGCUCAUUGUUGUUCCGGGUUUCCCUCGUUGUUCCACGUCACUUCAGGAGAUGUGGACACUCUUUCCGAUGAAGGUACCGAGCAACAUAUCGAAGUGGAGGCCAUUCACAGACAUCCCGACUACAGUAGCUCCGGAUACGCCAACGAUAUCUGUCUCUUGGAAUUGGCCGCGUCUUUCACCUUUGACGAGUUUGUUGCUCCGGUAGCUUUGCCGGAACCUUUGCAGCAAACUGACAAUGGAACCAUGCUCACCGUCACUGGCUUUGGGGUCAAGAUCGAGGGUGGCUUGUUCCCCGCAACAACUCUGAUGAAAGUGGACGUGCCCGUUGUGGCCGAUGAUGUCUGUAAGGAAGCUUACAGCGGAUUUGGCGGAGAGGUCAUCGAUAGCAUGAUUUGUGCUGGAUAUCUUGAGGAGGGCGGUUUCGACGCUUGUCAAGGUGAUAGUGGUGGACCUUACGUUAUUUCUGGAUCCAACGUUCAAGUUGGUGUCGUGAGUUGGGGCAAGGGAUGUGCUGAGGCAGGAUAUCCAGGAGUUAACACGGAAGUCUCUUAUUUCGUGGAUUGGAUCCAAGAGACUAUUGGCGCCUAAGCCAUUACGAUUUGUUUGCUAAUAAAGUUAAACCAAUGAAAAAAUACAAGAAAUGGUUCAAUA